AGAGGCAUAAGCAGCGAGUCUGCGCUCACGUCUCCACAGUGUACGCUGAUAAGUGGAAUUACCUCAUCGUGAGGCGAGUUCUAGACAGGAUGACUUUUCUCCUGCUUUUUUUGGGCCAUGUUGUGACUGCAAUAGCUCUAACUGGAGUCCACAGUGAAACAGCCCUAAACCUUGACUGUACCAACGACUUUGAGAAGAUGUUUUGCCAGGUAGAGGCUCAGAACUGUACUGAAUACAACUUGACCAUCGAGAGUGAUCUCGGCGAUGGUACUGAGAGCUGCAGUUUACAGCAGUGUGACAGUGGACGCUGUUGUUGCACUGUCACAAUGAAGCUCAUCCUGGGGGAGACUCAUACAGCAACAGUCUGGAGAGCUGGAAAAAGCUUAGAGUCGAAAAAAAUCAGUGUCACAGACACCGUAAAGCCCAAAACUCCAACUAUCAUCUCAGUCAAUGAAUCCAAGGGAAAUUUUGAAGUUAAGUGGAUUUCAAACAUGGAGGCUUCUUUCCCUCUGACUGCUGAAGUGACUUUCUAUAAAAAAGGAGACACAAAAAAGGUGACUGAAUCUAUUACACGGGCUAUUGUUGAGGGACUGAAUUACUACGAAAUAAAUGGUGAACGCCUGGAAUCAAGCACAACGUAUAUGGUCAGCGUGAGAACCCACACAAAUAUAAGUGGAAAGUUCAGCGACAGCAGCAACGAGUGUGAAUUUACAACCUCUUCCUCUCUUGUUAUCGUGCCCCUGGCUAUAAUCAUCAGCCUCAGUAUGACUGCCGUCAUCCUCGGCGGUGUCCUAUAUGUCUGUUAUAUAAAGUACAAAAGAAAGUGGUGGGACACAGUUGUCAAAGAUCUAAAUCCAAAACUUCUUAACAUGCAUCCCAGCAAGACUGAGCUUUUGAAGCCUUCGCCGGUGGUAUUCUCCCCUCUCACUGUCAGCAUUAGAGAUGAUACCCAUUCUCUAGAUGACUCCAAAAAAGGGUCGAAGCUAUGUGACACUAGCAGCUGGAGCCUGCAGCAAAGCAGUGGAAUCAGCACGGGAUCCUCAGCUCUCCGUCAUGCUAACCCAGAACCUGCCCAGUUUACCAUCGCUGACGCCGUUAGAGACGCCCUUCAUGAAGCCCUGCCCACCAUCGGUCAAAUGACACCCCUAACCACAGAUCCCUCAAUAGACCUAAACAGCGACUAUAGUGUCAAAGUGAAAGAUAUACGUUCCGGACCAUCUUGUUUUGUAAAUAGAACCUAUUCCCCCCUCAUGCCAGGAGAAUCCACAAACCCUCCCAGCGAGAGUAACACUGUUACAGUGACCUGUCCAGAUAGUCUGUCCCCAGUGCAACAACUUAUCAUUUCAGCAUCUCUGGAUAUGGUGGUAGACGAUUCAUAUCAGCAGUGCAACGCUGAAUCUGGGAGGUUUUCAUAUACUGAAGACCCCAGCUUGUCCUCCAUCUCUAGUGACACCAGCACAGCCCCCUGUUGUGAUCUUAUGUCCAGAGUUGAGGCAGAGUGUGAAGACAGUGGUGGAUCCAACCUAAAUGCCAAAAGUGAAGAGGACAAUCUAUGUGACAAAAAUUCCUGCCAUGGCUCUUUGGUGGUGGAUAAAGACUAUCAGUCAUUGCAGAGUCUAGUGCAGCAGCCUGAUGUUUCAUUUCCAGAAUGGAAAAGUGGAGAGCAAAAGGAACGCUUGGACAAGUAUUGGGAGGAACCACCCGCCAAGAUCAAUCAAAGUGUCUUCGUGUCUACUCAAUCUGCCCCACUCAUUGUGAUCAGUGACUAUCAGAGCGUGUAGAUUAGCAGCAGAGCACAAUUUAUGGAACUGGAGUUUUCUCUGCUCAGCCUAGAAAUGACCUUAUGAGCGUAUAUAUUUUGGAUGUAUUUAUUUUUGGUUUGCUAUAUUUUUGGUUUGAGCCAAUUAAGUUUGUAUGACAUUCAUGUAAAAUGUCAGUAAAAUGCUCCUGGUUUGAGACAUAAUGUUUUAGAUGUGUGCCUUGUAUAAAUGCUGGGGCAAAGGAGCUGCAGUAGGCUCAAGUAGACUGAUGUAUCUAGAUACCUUAAUGUGAUAAUAAAUACAUAAAUAAAAAUACAUUUUUAUUUUGCAUAGUGGAUUGGAACUGCAUUCCCUAAAUGUGUAAUCUGAGGUGGUAGUGUAUGAAACCUCACUUAGACAUACAUAUCAGAGUUAGGGUUAGAGUUUUAAGUACAACAGAAAAACAUCAAAACCUUUUAAAGAAAAACACCUUACAAAAGAGUGUGGACUAUUUGUAUUAUUUACUGUAAUGUUGUGUAAAGCCAGCCACAUACAGUACAUCAUGACACAGUAUUUGAGGAACUUUGUUUCAGUGAUUUUCAUCGUUCUUAGAAGAAGGCUACUGGGUUUAUUGCUCUUCUGAAGAAAACAUUUGUUUUGUUUGAACAUUUUUAAUGAGAAUGAGCAUAAUUCCUGAGAUGAUCCAAUAAAGGGUGUUAGUACAGCACAUAUCAAAUAAUUUCCCUGCCAGUCUUUGAACUUUCCAAUUAAUAGUCUAUUCAAACUGCACAGUGGGUCAGCAGAAAAUGUAUCUAUCCCACUCGGGAAUCUUAAUCCACUUCAUAUUGGGAAGAAGAAGAAAACAACAUUUGAUGGUCUUUUUUUUUUGUUUGCAUCAAACUUAAGUUAAAUAAUGUGACAUGAAAUAGGACUGACGGCUGAAAUGAAUGUGCAUUUAAAUAGUAAAUCCGUCUCCACUUUCAAGCCAUUACCAUACACGUUCAUCUACACUUAUUGCUCCUCCCAUAUUUUCUAUUUUAUCCACUCACUCAAGUUGCGUAUUCACAGUUUUCCGCAGACAUCUGCCGUCAGCUGGCACACAGAAAAGGGAGUGGAGUUCACUUCCACUGAAACACUGGCGCAACAUUUCCAGCAACAGGUUGCCAUAAGGCAUAAGAGAGGCAUAAGCAGCGAGUCUGCGCUCACAUCUCCAGAGCGUACGUUGUUUUUGAACGAAUAAGUGGAAUAAAUCCCCUCGUUGUGGAGUGAAACAGGCGAGUUCUAGACAGGAUGACUUUUCUCCUGCUUUUUUUGGGCCAUGUUGUGACUGCAAUAGCUCUAACUGGAGUCCACAGUGAAACAGCCCUAAACCUUGACUGUACCAACGACUCUGACGAGAAGAUGUUUUGCCAGGUAGAGGCUCAGAACUGUACUGAAUACAACUUGACCAUCGAGAGUGAUCUCGGCUAUGGUAAUGAGAGCUGCAGUUUACAGCAGUGUGACAGUGGACGCUGUUGUUGCACUGUCACAAUGACGCUCAUCCUGGGGGAGACUCAUACAGCAACAGUCUGGAGAGCUG